AAGUUGUUAUCCUUGGAUGAGUCUGCCGCCACGUGGGAAAACGUUUGUCUCAUCGUUCGCCAUCGAGAGGACAUUACACACCAAUUACGCGAGUUCACUGGUCGUCCGGUAGUUGAUGAUGUGCACGCGGUCCGCAAAUCAGACACCAGUGAACAUCGAACACAAUUUAUGUGUUAUCGUUGCGGUUUGCGGCACUCUGACCCUUCCGAUUGCCGGCACAAAGAAAGUAUCUGUCGGAAAUGCGGCAAGCUAAUCCAUCUAGCACGCGUCUGUAGAUCGGAAAGUUCCCGUCCCAUGAACAUCGCUUCAUCAGAUCGUCAAAGCAAGAUAGAGCUACGGGAAGAUAAGGUCCUAGAAAAUUUGAACAGUGAGCUUAACUCCGUGUAUUUGAACAGUGUGACACUCAACAACUGUCCUCCUUACACACUACGUUUGACGAUAGAGGAUGAACCGAUAGACAUGGAGCUAGAUACUGGGGCGUCGGUCACCAUUGUAAACCGCGGUUCAAUGAAAAAGCUACCACCUUUGCAACCGUGCAACUCGAGAUUACAGACGUACACCGGUGACCUAAUUCACGUGUUAGGCAGAUGUUUCGUUAAAGCCAGGCAGGGGAGCGAGAAUUCACCCUGCCCUUAAUCGUUGUACCUGGGAACAAACCGAACCUCAUGGGUCGAGACUGGAUACAGUUCUUUCCCGAGACCAUGCAACUCAACCAACUCACUACUGAAGACGGCAGUUUGAAUGGAUUAUUGAACCAGUUCUCAUCGUUGUUUGAAAACAAAUUGGGAAAAUGCGUCAUUUCAAGGCUUCUAUCAAACUCCGAUAGGGUGCCGAACCAAAACGUUACAAAGCUAGAUCAUUAUCUUAUGCAAUGCGCCCUAAAUUUGAGGUAGCGAUACAACGUCUGCAAUCAGAAGGAGUCAGUCCCGGUGCAACAUUCAGAUUGGGGCACUCCGAUAGUACCUGUACUCAAACCUGA